AUGUCGCCCGCUGCGCAAGCGCCGCCCACGGCCGCCGAAAAGGUCGCGUCCUUCUUCUCCCGGAUGAGCCCCGUGCCGUCCUUCCCCGACUACACCGGCCCGCACAAGGUCGGCACCGUCGACAUUGAGAUCCCCGUCUCCGAGUUGGAGUCGCCUAGCCCGACCCCCUACAGCGCAACCGACAUUCAUACCGUCCAAUGCCGCGUCUUCUACCCUGCAACCCCCGAGUCCGACUGCAAGAGGAUCAACUGGCUGCCCUCGCCGCAACGCCAGCAUGUCUCUGCCUACACCCAGUUCAUUGGCAUCCGCCCCAUGCUCGCAGACAUUGUCUCGUUCCUCCCGCGACACCUGCACUACACCACCAUACCCGUCCACAAGAACGCCGAGAUCCUCGAACCCGAUACUCCGAACCGACGAUGGCCGACCAUGAUCUUCUCCCACGGCCUCGGCGGCAACCGAAAUACAUACUCCCACCUCGCGGGAUCUCUGGCCUCCCACGGCAUCGUCGUCGUCUGCCCCGAGCACCGCGACGGCAGCGCCGUGGCCGCCUUCGUCCGCAUCCCCGGCAAGCAGGACCAGUACUUCAUGCGCGACACCCGCCGCGUCGUCCCCUACGUCCGCAUCGACCACGACGCCCGGCCCGAAAUCUACGAGGCGCGCGAGGACCAGCUGCGCAUCCGCCUCUGGGAGCUGGGCAUGAUCCACAUGGUCACUCUCAACAUGGACCUCGGCCUCGCCAUGUCCAACCUCAACAAGUCCACCCCGAGCCUCACCCAGUUCAAGAACAAACUACACGUCCACGAACCGGGCUGCAUCAUCUUUGGCGGCCACAGCUUCGGCUCCGCCUCGGUCGUCCAGCUCCUCAAGACAACCUUUUACGCCGAGUCCUCCGCCCUCGCCCACGUCCCCAAACCCCUCUUCACCCCGCGCCGCGACUCGGCGCUGUGCAAACAAAUCACGGAGAAGAACGUUACCAUGCUCCUCGACAUGUGGUGCUUCCCGCUCCUGGCCCCCGGCUCCGCAGACCUCUUCAACCUGCCCCUCCCAGCCUACGCAAACACCUCCCGCGCCCCCGGCGGCAACGCCAUCCUCGCCGUCGAGUCCGACGCCUUUUACAAGUGGACAGACCACCUCCACGUCACCGCCCGCGUGCUCUCCCCGCAGCCCUCGGCGCCCGUCAUCACCCCGCAGGUCUUCCGCCGCAGCGGCGUCAGCCUCCCCGAGCCAAACUUCUUCUACGUCCGCAGCUCGGCGCACCUGUCCCAGUCCGAUUUCGGUAUCCUCUUCCCCUGGUUGACGAAGAAGAUUUUCAACUCGGAAGAGCCCGAGCGCGCGCUGAGGCUGAAUUUGCGCGCGCAGCUGCAGCUCAUGCGCGCCAACGGCGUCCCCGUGGCGCGGACGUGGAUCGGCGACCUCGUCGACGGCACGGGGUCCGGGAAGUUGGGUAUCUCGGGCGAUGAGGAUGCCGAUAACGGGCCCGACGACGGCGUCAUGGACGACAAGGUCAUCUUUGAACGUAGCGAGGGCAAGGUGCAGUAUUGGAACUGGAUCGACGUCAUCGGGAUGGGCCAGCCGGACGAGGCGCCAGCUGCGCCAGCAGCAGAUGGCUCAACGGCGGCGACGUCUACGACGAACGGGGCCAGCGGCGGGUCCGGCGCGAAUGCGCAGGUCGCGGGCGUGGAGCAGACGGAUCGCGAUAUGGAGGACGAGCUGGAGCCGCUUCAGGCUGUUGCGAGUGCGGCGCAGGUUGGCGCGGUGCGGUCAUGA